AUGUCUUACACGCAUACUGGAGCUCCUACGGAGUUCAAUGGCACCAACGCCGAUUACGGUGGUGAUUCCACCACCACGAACCUGAACCAAUGGUACCAAUCCGGUGACCAGUCUUACAUUCUCGUCUCGGCCGCCAUGGUUCUGCUCAUGAUUCCCGGCAUCGCCUUUCUCUACUCCGGUCUCGCCCGCAGAAAGUCGGCCCUCUCCCAAUUGUGGGUGGUUAUGAUGAGCUUUUCAGUCAUCGUCUUCCAGUGGUACUUCUGGGGUUACUCUCUGGCCUUCAGCGAAACUGCCACCAACGGCUUCAUCGGUGAUCUUCGACACUUUGGCCUCAUGAAGGUUCUCGCUACUCCCUCCCAAGGCUCGCCUCUCGUUCCCGCCCUUCUCUACUCCUUCUACCAGAUGAUGUUCUGCGCCGUUACUGCCGCCCUCACUGCUGGUGCCACCGCCGAGCGCGGCCGAGUCAUUCCCUGCAUGGUCUUCAUCUUCUUCUGGGCCACCCUCGUCUACGCCCCCGUCGCCUGCUGGGCUUGGAACGCCAACGGCUGGGCCUUCAAGUACGGUGUUCUCGACUACGCCGGAGGCGGCCCCGUCGAGAUUGGUUCCGGCAUGUCGGCUCUCGCCUACUCCUGGGUUCUCGGCCGUCGCAACGAGAGAAUGAUGCUCAACUUCCGUCCCCACAACAUCUCCCUCAUCACUCUCGGCACCAUUCUUCUCUGGUUCGGAUGGUUGGGUUUCAACGGUGGUUCCGCUUUCGGUGCCAACCUCCGUGCCGCCAUGGCUUGCUGGAACUCCUGCUUGACCGCCAUGUUCGCCGCCAUGACCUGGUGCCUUCUCGAUUUCCGUCUGGCCAAGAAGUGGUCUCUCGUUGGCUGGUGCUCCGGCACCAUUUCCGGCCUCGUUGCCGCUACCCCUGCCUCCGGAGUCAUCACUCCGUGGGCUUCCAUCAUCCUCGGUGUUGUCGCUGGUGUUGCUUGCAACUUCGGCACCAAGAUCAAAUUCCUCCUCAAGAUUGACGACUCUCUCGAUGUCUUCGCCGAGCACGGUAUCGGCGGUAUUGUCGGUCUCAUUUUCAACGCCUUCUUCGCCUCCAGCUCGAUUAUCGGUCUCGACGGUGUCAACAUGGGAGUCUCCGGCGGCUGGGUUGACGGCAACUACAAGCUCAUGUACAUCCAAAUCGCCUACAUUGUCGCCUGCUGCGCCUACACUUUCGUCAUGUCUGCCAUCCUGGCCAAGGCCAUCGACAUGAUUCCUGGCCUGAAGCUCCGCGCUUCCGAGGAGGCCGAGCUCCUGGGUAUGGACGACGACCAGCACGGUGAAUUCUCUUACGACUACGUCGAGGUUCGCCGCGACUUCCUUGCCUGGACCCCUCACCAGGCCGAGCCCGCCGGAGAGGGAAAGUUCAUUCCCCAGCACGGAAUUGAGGAGCAUCAGCACAUGGCCAACAAUGGAGCAAGCAGCGGAUCAGACGAGCCCAAGCCUGCGACGCCCCAAGGCGAGAUCAGGAGCGAGAAGGCUCCUUCUCUGUAA